CUAGGACACACAAAUGACAGCAAAAAACAUUAUUUUACGAUAAUAAAACAAAAUUUACACCGCUGGGACAAACCGGAAGCGUUCUUUGUGGCUACGCGCAGCUCCAAUGCGCAGCUACGUCACUAUCCGGUUCCUACGACAGAGAAGAGCGCGAGAUAGAAAUCCAAGAGCGCGGACAACUCUGGCGCUCCGCACCAGCUGGUUGUAUAGGCUGUAACAUUAGAAAAGUGCCGAGCCUCCAUCACCAACACUGGCUACAGCAUAGAGACAUUAAUCACGGGUAUUACGACGACAUAAUACCGAGUACGUAUGUACAUGACGUGCAACGGCCGCCGGAGAAAUCGCUUUCGGACCGUAAACAACAGAAAUAGAGGGAAAUGUCCCGGUGGCCGCGCGGUGAGGAUGGAGAGGAGGCCAUGCAUCAGGACACUGAUUCUGAUGUGGCAGAGCAGAGGGAUGGAGGGAAAGUGAAGGUGAAAUGGACUCAAGAGGAGGAUGAGAAGCUUAAAACGCUGGUUCAGAAACUGGGACCAAAUGACUGGAAAACCAUAGCCAGCUACAUACCUAAUCAUACUGAACAUCAGUGUCAGCACCGCUGGUUUAAAGUCUUGGACCCAGAAUUAGUGAAAGGCCCCUGGACUAAAGAGGAAGAUGAGAAGGUUAUAGAGCUUGUCAAUCUUUAUGGCAACAAACAGUGGGCACUGGUAGCCAAGCACCUGAAAGGCAGACUGGGGAAGCAGUGCAGAGAGCGCUGGCACAACCACCUCAAUCCCAGUGUCAAGAAGUCUUCAUGGACGGCUGAGGAGGACCUCAUCAUCUAUAAGGCUCACUGCCUGCUUGGCAAUCGCUGGGCUGAGAUCGCAAAACUGCUCCCUGGAAGGACGGACAAUGCAGUGAAGAAUCACUGGAAUUCGACCAUCAAACGGAAGUUAGAGAUGGGCUUCUACUCCGGGGAGGUCUUCAGGCCCAAUGAGCUGGAGGAGCUGUGGGCUCGUGUUAACAAGGAUGGUCAGGUGCCCAGUUGCUCUCAAGACAGUUCAGACAAGGACUCUGAGCAGAAGAUCCCUCCUUCACUGCAAGAAACGUCAGCUAAAGCUGGCACCAGCAAAGCUGGGCCGUCAAAGUCUGUUCCCUCUCCAACCAACAGUCUGAGUCCCAAGAGUGAGGUGGACAGCACAGGAGCGCUGAACAGCACCAGCUGGGUGGUGGACAGCUCCGGAUUUCUGUCUCCCACUGGCCCAGCUCUGAAGGAAGUGUUAGACAUGGUGGAUGGGGAUCUUGAUGGCUGGUGCAACCUCGCAGCCUUUGACCUCCCCGAGGACAGUCCCAGCCCAGAGCGACAUCAGUUUCGUCUGGAAGGCAGCGCCCUGCAGGAACUAAGCAAAGGCAGCAAAGGAGAACUCAUCCCCAUCUCUCCUGGGGGCGUCACACCCCCCUCCAUACUGAGCCACCGGAGCCGAAGGUGCAUCGCUUUGUCUCCCGACGCCAACAAGUCCAUGACUCCUAAGAGCACCCCUGUCAAAAUCUUGCCCUUUUCUCCAUCUCAAUUUCUCAACAUGUGGACUAAGCAGGACACUCAUGACUUAGAGUCGCCUCUCACGUCCACACCCGUGUGCAGCCAGAAAGCCAUAGUUACCACUCCACUGCAGCGAGACAAGACGCCUCUCACUCAAAAGGAAAACUCAGUUUUUGUUACACCCAACCACAAGUCUGAGCUGUGUACCCCACGAACUCCAACACCGUUUAAAAAUGCCAUGGAGAAGUACGGGCCUCUGCAGCCUCUGCCUCAGACUCCCAACCUCGAGGACGACAUAAAUGAGGUCAUCUUGAGAGAUGCGGGGAUCGACUUAAUGAUGCGCUUAACUCCACCCGAACAGAGGCGCAAAACUGUGCAUCGCCCUCCUAUGAAGAAAGUGCGUAAGUCGUUGGCGCUGGAUGUAAUGGACUGCCAGGUGAUGCCUACAUCCAAACGUAAAUCAGCCAAACACAACAUCAAGGAAGAACCGAUGUUGAUUUCUGUCAGCUCUUCACCACUUAGCAGCAAGCGGCACGAAAACAUUUUGGAUCAGGGCUUCCUUUUGGGACCAAGUGACAGUGCCAUAUUUCCCAGCACAGUCCCCCCAGUUCCAAUGUCAAAGGAAUGGGAAAUGGUUGUUUGCGGACAAACUAAAGACCAGUUAAUAAUGACAGAAAAAGCCCGGCGCUACCUUCGCUCACUAAAAUCCCACGCUCCUAGCCGGGCUCUGAUCCUGUCCUGAGAUGGCUCGUGUUUUUACGCCAAAAUGUUACUUAUCCAGAACUAACAGUUGCUAUUUUCCCAUUUCUCCUGAGGGCCUGGUGUACUUUGUGGCGGAGAAAGAGUCACGUCUUGUAAGGUUAGCGCCAUGUUUGAACAACACGUUAGCGAUCAGGUUAUUGACAGUGUUAGGCCUGUCUGAAAGAGAAUGUUGCUUUUAGAUGUAGAGUCAGGCUGCCAGGCAUGUUUAAUUCCAUAGUUGUUAUUUCAGUGUUUGAAAAGAACGAAUGAAUGUUGAGGGGGAAGAAGAAGAAUGUGUAAAUGAAAAAUCAAGGCUGUAUAGUUUUGCCAUCACUGGGGAAAAAAAAAAAGGUUUUACAUGUGAUUAAACAGUUUUUUUAACAUUGUGUUUUGUACAAAGGUUGCCCCUCCAUAUCCAUGUUCUGUGUUAUAGAGGAUUUACAGGUUGAACAGUAAUGCAUGAAGGGAACACUUAUUGUAGGAUCUAUUUAGCAUGUAUAGAUUCGUUUUAUGAUGCAUUUCGGUACACACAAAUUGUAGCUUCCCACACAUUGGAGAGAAAUUGACACUAAUCAUAUCUCUAAAGAUGAGGAGCUACCCAUCAAGAUGCGUACAUCUCAAGUUUUAAUCUGUAAUAGUCAUUUAUGUGAGAUGUAGUGAAGGUGUAAAAGUGUUCCAACUGUUGGUGUGAAGGGGAUUAUAAAUAAUGUGACACUGUAAAUAGAGUUGACUGUUUGCUCUGUCAUACAAGAAUGUUGCAGAAUUGAAUAAAAUA